GUACAAGAAUCAGCUACUUGAACAAAGAAAACGACAGGAGAACUUCCAUUGCUACUACUACAAAAAAAUCACCAUUUGCCACUCGCAUUGCUACUCCAUCCACAACAAGACCUAUUUUCGAUCGUACUACUGCUAAUCAUACUUCUUUAUUUCACAUGCGUGCAACAACUACUGCUCCGACAAAUUCACCAUAUGUCACUCGUAAUAAUGCUGCAUUAACAAAUUCACCACCAUUUGAUACUUUUAUUAAUCGUACUGUUGCUGUUCCAACCAAAUCACCACCUGUCACUCGUCGUGCUUCUUAUAUACCUACAACAAAAUUGCCAGUUAUCACCUAUUCAACAAAUUCACUCUUACCAUCUAGUCGUAUUAAGAUUGAUAAUAUCUCACUCAGUCCCAAAAAACGUAAAAAGGUCGUUUAUGAUGAUGAUAAGAGCCCACGCAAUGUUCGUCCAAAGAAAUUUGAGAGUUUUGUAAAUCAAAUUUGGGAACAAAAUCAAGAAAUGAUCAUGAAAACUCAAAAAUUAGAACAGGAUUACAAGAAUAUGGUUAUCAAUAGACAGAGUCAUGAGGCAGAGCUGAUGAAAGUUAGUACAGAAUUGAUUGAGACUAAAAAUGAUUGUGAAAAUAUGGAAAGGAGAUUAAGAGAAGAGAAGGAUGAAAUUAAGAAAUUGUUGGAAGUGAAGGAAGAGCUUGAAAAUGAUAUAAAAAGAUUGGAGUUGGAAUCAAAAAGAUUUGAUAUCUUCAAUGAACUUGAAAGCAAAAUGAAUCGUGGUUGA